UCCUAUUACGUAUUAACGGGGAUUGAACUUCACGCUCCUCUAAACAAUCAAAGCAAGUAAAUCCAAGUUUUGUCUUCUUGUCAAUUGGCUCUUGGUCCUUAAUAAACCCGGAGAAGUCGCCCAUCGCACAGGGAGAGUCGGAGUUUCAGUCUCUGCCACACGCAAAAACUUUGUCAAAGUUAUUGACUCUCUUCGUUCUUAGAAGAAAAUCAAACAUGGCUUCACUCGUACAGGGUUUUAGCAAGUCGCUUGCCAUGACGGUUCUCUCGGAGAUCGGCGACAAGACAUUUUUUGCUGCUGCGAUCUUGGCAAUGCGUCAUCCAAGGAGACUUGUCUUGUCAGGUUGCCUGGCAGCUUUGAUUGUGAUGACUAUUCUUUCUGCUGUUGUUGGCUGGGCAGCUCCAAAUCUUAUCUCUCGUAAAUUGACUCAUCACAUAACAACAUUGCUGUUCUUUGGAUUUGGUCUAUGGUCUUUGUGGGAUGCUUUUACUGAUGGAGGGGAGGCUGAAGAAUUGGCUGCAGUUGAAAAAAAAUUGGAUGCUGACUUUAAAGCAAAUGGAGUAACCACCAAAGCGGGCAGUAAGGCUGAUGAUGAGUCAAAGAAGAAGCGGCCAUUCCUCUCUCAGUUCUUCUCUCCAAUCUUCUUGAAGGCAUUUUCUAUUACUUUCUUUGGGGAAUGGGGUGACAAGAGCCAGCUAGCUACAAUUGGUUUGGCUGCAGAUGAGAACCCAUUUGGUGUUGUUCUUGGAGGAAUUAUAGGACAAGCAUUGUGUACCACUGCUGCUGUUGUUGGAGGAAAGAGCUUGGCAUCUCAGAUAUCAGAGAAAAUAGUUGCACUCUCAGGUGGAGUUCUCUUUAUUGUUUUUGGACUCCAAUCCUUCCUUUCAUCAGCGGAGUCAUAAAAUCAUAUUAUAGAUGGGGAUUGGAAUGCAGGGAUUGGAAAGCAAGAUUUGGUUAACUGAAGAAUAUUUCAUUUUAACUAGCAGAGCUCUAUCAUUUACCAUUUCAGACAUUGUGAUUAUUUUCAGGAGAAUGAUAUUCCAACAAGACAAGGAGACUAAUUAAAAUAAGGGGAAAAAUUUUCAUAGGUUAUGUCAUACUUAUGGCUCUCUAGCUUAGUGAAAUCUCAGCACAUUUUAUUGUAUUUCAUUUAACCAAAUAGAAUGUUUAAUGUUCACGUGUAGUUGAUUAGUUUUACUAGUCUCA